GUAAAUAUAAGAAAUGGCUACGACAUGUCGUGUUAAAAAGCGAGUACGGGUAACUCGAAAACCAAAGUCUUGUCCAAAUCCCCUUUUUGAAAAGUGGCUUAUUGAAUUGAAAGAAGAUGCUGCAAGGAAGGAGUCUAAACUACAAUAUGUUUAUGGCAAGGCAUUGAAAUCUUUACAGAAAUAUCCACUAGUCCUUGAAAGUGCCAAAGAAUGCAAGGUGCUUCAACAUUUUGGAGAUGGGUUAUGUAAAAUAAUAGAAAAGAAGCUUACUGAGCAUAUAUCCCGUGGAGGUAGCCUUAGAAAUCAUUCUGAAUCAGGUAGCUCUGAAAAUGAAAAUCCACCAAGCAAACAGUCGAGACCUUCCAUUCCUCAAAGAAAUCCCAAUCACCAGCCUAAAGAAUACAUUCCUACCAGACGAUCAGGGGCUUAUGCAUUGCUCAUGGCGCUUCACAAGCAUGCCACAGCUGAUGGUUAUCUGAAAAAGAAGGAUCUGCAAGAAUUAGCUCAACCCUACACUGAUGUUUCAUUCUGCCAAACUGAUGUAGUAAAUGCACAGUAUUAUAGUGCUUGGUCAUCAAUGACAACUUUAAUCAACAAAGAAUUGGUGGAUAAAAAAGGGAAUCCUGCAAAAUACCAGUUGACAGAAAAGGGAAAGAGUUUAGCAUGCAGGCUGGACGAAGCAGAAGCUACACUGUACGGCUCAACCACUUCGACAGCCAUUCAUACAGAAUGUGAUGACAAAUUUCCUGCAACAUCAGUUUCUCCUGUAAAGGCUACAUCUACGGGAGAAGCUAAAGCCACGCGAGUACGAAAAGCAAUCACGAAAACUUCUAGGCCGAACACAUUACGCGACAUUGACACACCGUCGACAUCAAAUGGAAUUUUGCAACCCGACGAUCUCAUCCUAAUAGACGAUGACGAAUUUGACACGUAUGCCCAACAGAGGCUCUUCUCUAAUUCAAACAGAGUAGAUGUUGCCGCAAAUCCAGUUGAGCCAGCUAUUCAAGAAGAACCAUUAGUUGUAGAAGAACAGCAGGUACCCUACACUAAUAUCCCUGAUAAAGUGACGCUGAAAGCGGGUGAAUACGAUAUAGUGUUGUGUGUCGACAUAGCUGAAGUAUCUGGAAGUUCAGGUUCUGGAAAGAACCAAAAAGAAACGGCAGCCAAAGCUUUUCAAAACUGUGGAGUGUCCUAUGACGUACGCAAGCUGUCCAUCGGCGAUUACUUGUGGAUUUGUAAGCCUAAAGCAAGUUCAGGUAUUAGCAGUGAUCAGGAACUGACCCUCCCGUAUGUCGUUGAACGGAAACGAAUGGACGAUGUCGUAUCGAGUAUUAAAGAUGGUCGAUUUAAAGAACAAAAAUUUCGGUUAAAGCACAGCGGACUAGUGCGCCCCAUUUAUUUGAUUGAGGAGUUCGGCAAUCGGCAGAAUCUUGGUUUACCGGAGACAAGCGUGUUACAAGCCAUCGCCAAUACGCUGAUUAUAGAAAAAUUUCAAGUGCAAUGGACCCAAAAAUCGGACGACUCUGUAGCCUUCCUCGUUCAGAUGACUAAACAGCUGACCGAAAUUUACCAUGGAAAAACAGUAACAAGUCGAGGUUGUCAGGAAAAGGUAGGAAGUGAUUGGCAAACAAGUUUGAUAACUUUCAAAGAAUUGUACACCAAUUCAACCAAAUUAAAACCUCUGUCAGUGACACAGAUGUUUGCCAAGCAGCUCAUGCAACUGCAUGGUUUAUCAGGAGAAAAAGCCGAAGCUAUCGUUAAGGUGUAUCCAACGCCUAGCUCAUUGAUGGAUGCGUUGAGAUCUGCUGGCGCAUCUGCCAGUACUCUCCUUUCUUGUCUUGAAUACGGAAAAGCCAAGAGAAAAAUAGGAUUGUCCAUUAGUGCACUGUUGGCUAAACUCUAUACCGAAGAACAUCUUCGCUAAUAGCUAGUUCUUCUGGUCGCCAUACGAGAUAAUCCUAAUUUUGCUUUCA